UAUAUAGUUCCAGUGAUAAAAGUAGUUUAUAACAUGCCUUGUUUAACUAACGCAUCAUGUACGAUGCCCACAUCAGGAGCUCAGAUGUUUGCUGCAGCGUUACAAGUCCUUACAUCUGCGCAGCUCCUGCUAACACCACAAGAGAUACCCGAUUCAGAUGUGUUAAACUAUCAGUCUUUCGAUUUCAUAAUAGUUGGAGGUGGUACAGCUGGGAGCGUGGUCGCAAGCCGCCUUAGUGAAGUCAAGCACUUUAAGAUAUUGCUCAUAGAGGCUGGAGGAAACCCACCUAUCGAAUCUAAUAUACCUGGAUUAGAAAAAGCUAUGGCUGAUAGUGACUCCAAAUGGAAAUAUGUUUCCACAAACAAUGGCGCCGUAGAUCAAGGGAUUAUAAAUGGGUCCAUAAAUCUGUCUAGAGGUAAAAUGUUCGGGGGAGGCAGCAGUCUCAACGAAAUGCUGUAUAUUCGGGGACAUAACCUGGACUUUCAAGACUGGUAUGACGCUGGAAAUAAAGAAUGGAGCUUAGAUGACGUAAACAGAUGCUUCAAGAAAGCUGAAAGUCUUCAAAACGAAAAACUACUCAAAGAUCCUACUAUCAAGCCGUACUAUGGCAGUGAUGGUCCACUUGUGUUAAACAGAUUUAAUAGUACAGACACUGAUAUUACUAAAAAAGUCCUAAAAUCGUGGCAUGAAAUAGGCUUUAGGCACGUUAAUGACCUGAACUCCGCUGGUCUUUUUGGUUCUGGAUUCGCUACAGUCAUAGCAUCCGAUGGCGUUAGAAGAAGUACUAAUAAUGCUUACUUAGCUCCAAUCAGACACAAAAGUAAUGUAAAAUUCCUCAAGAAUGCUCUUGUGAAGAAGAUAUUGAUCACACACGAUACCAAAGUUGUCUUUGGAGUUAAAGUAGAAAAGGAUGGUAGAAAUUUAACAUUUUACUCAACGCAUGAAGUUAUUUUAAGUGCAGGUGCAGUGAAUUCACCUCAGCUCCUUAUGUUGUCUGGUAUUGGUCCUAAGGAGCAUCUUCGUUCAAAAAACAUAACGUGUGUACUUGACGCUCCCAUGGUUGGGCAGAAUCUGCAAGAUCAUUUAGUUGUUCCAAUAACGAUAUAUGCCGAUCGAAGAGAAAUACCAGUUGCUGAAAUAGGUCCCUCUAACAUUAUUCAAUACAUUUUUAACCGUACAGGUCCUUUAGCAGAGAGUAGUAUUUUCACUGACGUAUCAGCAUUUUAUGCCACUAAUAAAAAACAACGUCAGCCCGAAUGUCAAUUACACCUCUCAAUAAUACCAAGACACGCGUGUGAUAUAAAAGAAUAUUUCACGUCCCUAUAUAGGUACAAAGAUUCCGUUGUGGAUUCAAUAGCGAAUUUCAACAAAAAUCAUACCCUUUUCUUCUUCGCCUUCAAUCUUUUGCACCCCUAUUCUACAGGAAAUGUUUCCUUAAGUUCAAACAAUCCGAAAGAUACGCCGCUUAUCUUUACAAAUUACUUUAACGAGACCAGUGAUUUAAAAACAGUAAUUAAAGGACUCAAGAUGGCAUCAAAAGUGGUGAAAACCAUAUUUUUCAAGUCGCUCGGAGGCUUUUUGGGUAGGAUGGAGUUAAAGGAAUGUGAUGCCUUUAAAUUGGAUAGUGAAGAUUAUUGGGAAUGCGUUUCUUUGAACUUGGUAACUUCUAUGAACCAUCUUGUGGGAACGUGUAAGAUGGGGCCAGAUCCAAAUACUUCAGUUGUUGACAGUCACUUAAAAGUUCACGGAGUCAGUCACUUACGUGUAGUUGACGCCAGUGUGAUGCCGAAAAUAACAAGCGGGAAUAUACUUGCACCUACAGUUAUGAUAGCAGAGAGAGCCGCGGAAAUGAUUAGAAAACAAUAUGAAGAUUUAUAGUUAGGGAUGUACUGAUAUAUAUGUAGUUACUAAGAAUAUUAUUUUACAUGACAUUAAUGCUGAGUGUGUCUCUUAUGCUUUGUAGAUAUAAAGGUGACGCGAAACAUUGUGUUUUUUUUAUUAUGAUGUACUUACUGUUGAAGAUGACAUUACAUUAUGGAUGGGUCAGUUUUAAGUUAUAAAUAACUCCAGCAAAUUUUGAUAAAUGUUCUUCAUAAAGAGUUAAUUAUGAAAGAAAACAUAAUAAAGUACCAGCGAAAUUCUUCAUUUGUUUAUGAACUUAGAAAGAGGAAAGCAUUUUGUUAAGCAAAUAAAUUUUGGAAAGAUUGUUUUUUUAACGGUGUUUUCUCUGA